AUGGUUUAUCGAUAUCACGCCCCAGCAACCAAGGUAGCCACCGUUAAAAUGGCUAUCCAGGGCCUAUCUCUUGACAAAAUCUGCCAAUUACUUGGCAGUUUCAUUUCUCGGCAAUCGUUUGGCCGAUGGAUUCAACUUUAUGAAGAGACUCGAUGUGUCCUCAAUGAUCCCGAAACGUACAAAGCCUGUGGCCAACCAGCUAGUCUCUCCGAUGAAGAAUGCCAGUUCAUGAUCCGGCUUGUCCUAUCUGAACCCGGCUUGUUUCUCGACGAGAUCCAGGAACAAUUGUAUGACUCCAGUGGUGUCCUGCUCAGUGUUGAGGGGAUCCAUCGGAAUCUUGUUGAACAACUAUCAAUAACCUUGAAGAAACCGGAUACCAAGAGCAUUCGGAAAUCACUCUACGCAAAGUACACUUUUGUGGAGAAGAUGGAGUUUUAUCCAGCUGAGUUCCUUGUUUUUACCGAUGAGAGUUCCUUCUGCGAUAAGGAUUGCCUCCAAUCAUACGCUAGGUAG